AUGGCGACGGAGAAUAAGCGCAAGUCGCAGCAGAGCCAGGGUCAGGAUCACCAUGGUUUUGGGCCGUCGGGGACAGUUAGCUUGGAGAAGGCCCUCAGCUCAGCCAUUGGCGCUAGAAUUCGCGUAACCACGACGCAGCCGGCCUCGGUGACGGUCGAAGGAACGCUGUUCACUGCCUGUCCCAUUACCAAUAUAAUCGCUAUCAACACCAGCGCCAACAUACCAUCUACAGGCAGCUCGUCGCCUGUUCUCGCCCUCUCGCAGCCAGGGGACUUCACUAUACUCCCCGUCACCCGCAUCCACAGUUUCAACCUGCUCUCUCUCGCCCCAGACUCGCCCUCAUCGCCUGGUGGGCCCUUCACAUCCGCCCAACCCGCCAUCUACCCGCUUGACAUCCGGGCGCUACGGACCCGCGAGACUAACGCCAUCACCCGUCAAAAGGACCAUGACUCCUCGAGGGGUAAGGGAGUGUCUAAGGAGGCUCAGGACCUGUUUGAUGCAUUCAAGCGGACAAUGCCAACUCAUUGGAGCGGGACUAGCAUUGUCGUUGCUGACUCGGUAGUGAUUGCUGCUCCGUAUGGCGUGGGCGAUUGUAAGACUCUUAACUUGGCUGGCAGAGACGAGGUAGCCGGUACUGCCCUCACCAGAGUGCGCAAAGUGCUCGAGAUGGAACGAAAGAAGAUUGAGCUCCGCCGGGCAAGCACGGCAAUGGCAAAGUCAGUAAACUUUCCUAAGAAUAAUAACAGCAACUACAACGUCAACAGCAGCAGCACUAGAGACGCAGUGCUGCUGCAGCCACACCACGCGACCCUCGUUCGGGCCGUUGCAGUUCCUAUCCGCAGCAAUGCACCGGCGAGCAACUCGCCUGGCGGUCAGAGGAAAGGGGGAUAA